CGCGCCCGCCCGGCCUGCUCGGCCCGCGCCUCCCGGCAGAGUCUCCUCCCGGCGGCAGAUGUGUGUGGGGUCCGCCCACGGCGGGGACUAUGGUGAAAUUUCCGGCGCUCACGCACUACUGGCCCCUGAUCCGGUUCCUGGUGCCCCUGGGCAUCACCAACAUAGCCAUCGACUUCGGGGAGCAGGCCUUGAACCGGGGCAUUGCUGCUGUCAAGGAAGAUGCAGUGGAGAUGCUGGCCAGCUACGGGCUGGCCUACUCCUUAAUGAAGUUCUUCACGGGGCCCAUGAGUGACUUCAAGAAUGUGGGCCUGGUGUUUGUGAACAGCAAGCGGGACAGGACCAAAGCUGUCCUGUGCAUGGUGGUGGCUGGUGCCAUAGCCGCUGUCUUCCACACGCUCAUAGCAUAUAGUGACUUAGGCUACUACAUCAUCAAUAAAUUGCACCAUGUGGAUGAGUCCGUGGGGAACAAAACGAGAAGGGCCUUCCUGUAUCUUGCUGCCUUCCCUUUUAUGGAUGCAAUGGCAUGGACCCAUGCUGGCAUUCUCUUAAAACACAAAUACAGUUUCCUGGUCGGAUGUGCCUCAAUCUCAGACGUCAUAGCUCAGGUCGUUUUUGUCGCCAUUUUGCUUCACAGUCAUCUGGAAUGCAGAGAGCCUCUACUCAUCCCCAUCCUAUCCUUGUACAUGGGUGCCCUUGUGCGCUGCACCACCCUGUGCCUGGGCUACUACAAGAACAUCCACGACAUCAUCCCGGACAGGAGUGGACCGGAGCUGGGGGGAGAUGCAACAAUAAGAAAGAUGCUGAGCUUCUGGUGGCCUUUGGCUCUCAUCUUGGCUACACAGAGAAUCAGUAGGCCAAUUGUCAACCUCUUUGUUUCCCGGGACCUUGGUGGCAGUUCUGCAGCUACGGAGGCCGUGGCAAUUUUGACAGCCACAUACCCCGUGGGUCACAUGCCAUAUGGCUGGUUGACAGAAAUCCGUGCUGUCUACCCUGCUUUUGACAAGAAUAACCCCAGCAAUAAGCUGGUGAGCACAAGCAACGCAGUCACUGCAGCACACAUCAAGAAAUUCACGUUCGUCUGCAUGGCCUUGUCGCUGACGCUCUGUUUUGUGAUGUUCUGGACCCCCAACGUUUCCGAGAAAAUUUUGAUAGACAUCAUUGGCGUGGACUUUGCCUUCGCAGAACUCUGCGUUGUUCCCUUGAGAAUCUUCUCCUUCUUCCCGGUUCCAGUCACCGUGAGGGCGCAUCUCACCGGGUGGCUGAUGACCCUGAAGAAGACCUUCGUCCUGGCCCCCAGCUCUGUGCUGCGGAUCAUCGUGCUCAUCACCAGCCUCGUGGUCCUGCCCUACCUGGGGGUACACGGAGCCACCCUGGGCGUGGGCUCCCUCCUCGCGGGGUUUGUGGGAGAAUCCACCAUGGUCGCCAUAGCAGCAUGCUACGUCUAUCGGAAACAGAAAAAGAAGAUGGAAAACGAGUCGGCCGCCGACGGGGAGGACUCGGCGAUGACAGACGUACCUCCAGCAGAGGAGGGCACGGACGCCGUGGAGAUGCAGGAGGGGCGCGAAUGAGGCGCGGGCGCCCGGGCGCUGCAGGGACGGCCGAGAUGACACUUCAGCGUCAUCCGCUCUCCCGUCGUGUUUUGUUCCGCUUUCGUCUUUGGUUUUCGUUUGGGUAAUGAAAGAGGCCUUGAU